UUAAAUAAGUAGAUUUAGAUUUCAUCUUCAAGCUUUCAAGAUUUUUUAAGGAUAUUGUAUGUGUGCAAAACCAAUCUUUAAUUGAAAAGCUAAUUAAAUCUUGAAAAAGAAGGGAAAAAAAAGUGUGGAAUAGAAAGAGAAAGAAAAUGAUAUAUAUAUAUAUAUAUAUAUGUAUGGUAGAGGUACAGUGAGCUUAAUUAUAUAUAAUAUAUACAUAUAACCAAAACUAAGAAACUGCAAAAACCCAGUUAGCUAGCUUAAGCCAGUGAGUUUUAGAGUUACUAAACCUCGUUAUACAUCUAUAUAUUUUUGCCCUUUAUUAGCAAUUUUCUUGUAUAUUUGACUGGUUUUGAACAUCAAAUCAGAGCCUCAAAAAGGUGAUCAGAAGGGCAGAGAUAAGGACCUCUCCUCUACUAUACCUAGAAAACAAUUUUCCCUUCUUCUCUUCCUCUUCAUGCUUUUCUGCCACCAUUAAGUUCUUUAGGGACUCAUUCAUCUUUCUCUUGUCUCUCUCUUUCAUAUAUAUGCGAUUGUAUUUUUGCAUGCACAUAUAUAUGUUUGAUGUCUUUGAUAGAGUGGUAACAGUAAUAUAUAGUGUAAUGAGAGACUAUAGAAAAGGAAACUGGACAGUAAGUGAGACAAUGAUUCUGAUAGAGGCAAAGAAGAUGGAUGAUGAGAGAAGAUUAAUGAAAAGAAUUAGUAGUAGUAGCAGUAAUAAUGGUGACCAAAAUACACAUGAUCAAAGUAGUAGCAGAUCAGGAAAACCAGCAGAGCUGAGAUGGAAAUGGGUGGAGGAUUACUGUUGGAGAAAAGGCUGUAUGAGGAGCCAAAACCAAUGCAAUGACAAAUGGGAUAAUCUCAUGAGGGAUUACAAGAAAGUUAGAGACUAUGAGAGGAAAUUAGUAGAUGAAGGAUCUUCCUAUUGGAAUAUUGAAAAGAAUGAAAGGAAAGAGAGGAAUUUGCCUACAAAUAUGUUGCCCCAGAUAUAUGAAGCACUUGUUGAAGUUGUGGAGAAGAAAGCUCAACAGAGGGUUAAUGUAAUGGCUUUGACUGCUACUACUACUACUACUGGUGGUGGUGGUACUACUUCAUCAGUGAUCGUAGUGCCCAGUUCAUCACCGAGUCCCAAUGUUCUUAGUUAUGUUCAUCAUCAUCAGCUAUCUCUUCCUACUCCUAUUCCUUCUCCAUUGAUGCCUCCUCCUCUAAUGCUUCAACAUCAUCACAUCUCAGCUCCUCCAUCAAUGGCUGCUGCUGCUGCUGCUUUGCCUCUCCCAUCUCCACAUAUUGCAGCUGCUCCAAUAUUACCUGCCUCCCAAACACAGCAGCCUCUUUCUCUCCCUUAUUCACACCCAUUGCCCACAAUGUGUGAUAGUUCAGAUUCUGAUACAAGUGAGCCUUCAAAGUCACCAGCAAAAAGGAGGAGAAGAGGGGGUGGAGGUGGAGGUGGAGAGGGAACAAGCACUGGCACUGCUAGUGCAGCAACAACCACAACAGCAAGUGAUGAUCAACAAGUGGGGAGUGCUAUCUCCAGAAGUGCUUCCAUCAUUGCUGAAGCACUUGAAGCCUGUGAGGAGAGAGAAGAUAGAAGGCACAGAGAUGUUCUGAGUCUGCAUGACAGAAAGAUCAAGAUUGAGGAAUCUAAGGCUGAGAUCAACAGGCUUGGCAUUAAUGGUCUUGUUGAUGCUAUUAACAACCUUGCAAAUUCUAUCCAAGCUUUGGCUUCGCAAAAGAACAACAACCAAUCAGCUCCAAAAUAAAACUCAUAUCAAUAUUUAAAUUUUAAUCAUUAUCAGCAAAUUAAAAAUAAUUCUCUUCUAAUUUUUAUAAUCCUCCCUAUUUGGUUAAUGCUUUAUUUGUGUACAUAAUUCAUAAAUAUUAAACUUUUAUGCUCGUCUUCUAUAUUCCCAAGUUAUUGGAUUCAAUUUCUCUAAUUUUAGCAUGAUAUUCCAUUUCCUUUGAUGCCAAACAAGUAUUUUCCCAAACCUUUUUUUAUUUUGGGUUCUUGAAAAGACAUUUCAAUGGAAAGAAUAUGGGAAUGAUGAUUGGGGAGCGUGGAAUACAAACUCCAAGGGAGCGAGUGUGGGUUUAACUUGUCAUUUAUGAGGUAGAAAAUGUUGUCACCAAGUUCUGAGCACAAAAGCAGAAGAGAAGGCAGGUUGUGCAGCAGAAAACACAGAAGGCAAAUUGCAAAACCAGAAGACUGGUCAAAGGCGACCGGUCAAUGAUAUCUCUGAGAGACUGGAAGAGAGGGGGGGGCGCA